GCAAAUUUCAUUCUGAUAGAUGUCACCCCAUCGAUCCAUACAAAACUACAAAGGAAGACAUUCUCGCUUGCUACGACAAAGAGAUAUACUGGUACUGGUACUAUAUACAUGCCCCCGCGUCCAAUAUUGAUUCUGACUGAUCCAAACUCAUGUCUCUCGAAGAUUUUGUGCAGCAGCUACGUCAGAUAGAGACCAGCUUCGUUGCUGAAGAUGAGCCAUUUGUGCUCAUGCAUGGAGACUUUCACGGUCGGUAUAUCGUCAUGCAUGGCACGGAGGUGCAAGCUGUCCUCGGUCGGGAGUUCGUAAGUGCAUAUCCUUUGGGUGAGCUUUUGGGAGGGAUGAAAGCUGAUGUCCCAGAAGUCGACGAUGACGAAUCAGAUGAGGAGAAUGCACUUUGGAGCAGGGAAAUUGUGCGUAAGGCUGAAGAGACGGCACGACAAAAAGGAUGCGAUGAUUUAUCAAUUUUGUUACGAAUCCGAUGUCGCGGCUCCUACCCCAUCACUAGUAGUCGUCGAUCUGUGCGUUGGCGUACUGACGAAGCGGGUACAUAGUCACAUCCAUACUCCCGCGCGGUUCUGGGUGGUUGGCGCCCAAACCUGCUGGGUUUGAGGCUGCGAGGUUGCCCACCCGCCCUCGCAGCUCACAUCG